AUCGAUUCUAUAGAUAUGCUCUUUAAAUUACCUCAUCAAAUGGGGAAAUCUUUAUUGUGGGUUGUGAUUUUGAUGAUUGCAGUGAACGCUUGGGGCUCUUCAGGGUGUUUGGAAGAAGAGAGGACUGCACUGUUACAAGUGAAAGCCCAUAUGAAAUUUUACACACAUGGAAAGUCUCUAACUUCAUGGGUAAAUGAUACUAGAAGCGAUUGCUGUAAAUGGUACAUGGUGACAUGUAACAAUAUCACAAAGAGAGUGAUUAAUCUCGAUCUUUCGUGGAUAGUGGAUGGAAGUGGUGGGGAUUGGUAUAUCAAUGCGUCAGUGUUUCUCCCAUUCAAACAACUCAAUGUUCUAGACUUGAUAGGGAAUCAAUUGGCAGGUGUAGUUGAAAAUGGAGGUUUUGAUAAGCUAUCAAAGCUUCGCAAUUUGGAAAUGAUUGAACUAAGCAGUAAUCGGUUGAACCGUAGUAUUUUGUCUUCUCUCAGUCAUCUUUCAUCUCUCAAGAAUCUCAGUUUAGAUUCAAACCCAUUGAAUUCACCUCCUAAUAGUUCAGGUCAUGAAAGGCUCUUGGGAUUAAGCAAUCUAGAGUUCCUUAUCAUGAAAACAGUAGAUCUGGAAGAUACAAACGUCUUAUCGGUCUUGAGUAAAUUAACUAAUCUCUUAUAAUAUUCUUUAUAUUUAUGUUGGUGUAUUUCUAUUUCUCUCUCUCUCUCUUUAUAUAUAU